UUUGUAAUUCCAUGGAAAUUGGAUUUUUUAUUUUUGUUUACCACUUUUAUUUAAAUUGUUGUAAUACUUUCUACCUUCAAAAUUUAAAUAGUUAAUUAUGAGUUGAUUGCGAAGGACGUUCAAUAAUUAAAAUAAUAUUAUCAAGUUCACCUGUAGCUUGAAGAAAUGAAAAAUGAAUAAUAGUUCUGAUGUUAUUUACUGGUCAGAGCUCCAUUGCUCUAAAGAUGCUCUUACAGAUACAUAUGGAUGGUUCAUGCAGUUUCUAUUGGCAAUAUUAGCAUUUACUUGCCUUAUAGGUAAAAGAUUCUGUGAACCAAGAUAUGCACGAAGACCAUGGUUAAUUUGGUUUUAUGACACUUCAAAACAAGGUCUUGGGGCAUUGAUAAUUCACGCAGCAAAUGUUUGGCUGUCUCCAACACUCACAGGAAAUCCCUGUACAUGGUACAUUGUGAACUUUAUGUUGGAUUCAACUCUUGGGCUUCUCAUAAUUUGGGCUGGCAUCAGGCUCGCCCAGUACUACGCGAGGCUGUAUGACAUACCAUUGAUCAAUUUUGGGGAAUAUGGCAAACCAGCCAUGUGUUCAGCCUGGGUGUGCCAGUGUGUGCUGUACGCAGCUCUCGCUACGUUUGCCAAGUCCAUCCUGGCACUGGUACUCCGCCUGCCGCCGGUAGUGGCCGUACUCUCCACGCUCAGGCUGUCUCCCGUCUCCGACCCUCGGCUAGAGUUAGCUGUGGUUAUGCUCAUCAUACCCUUCUUUGUUAAUAUCUUAAUAUUUUGGGUGACAGAUAACUUCCUCAUGUACCACCCGAGAGGCGUCAGCAGUAAAAUUAAAACGAAGGUACGGUAUCAAUCGAUAAAGAAGGAGAAAACAUACUCGGAUGAAGAAGAUCAUUCGGCGGAUGAAAGAUUGUUGACCGCAAAUGUAUGACCCACGCGGAAGCCCAGCUUGUACAGGGCUUAGUUGAGAUAAGUUUCUCCUUUUAAUUAUAUUGUGCCUAAAAUAAUAUAAUCUAAUGUGUUAUUACAAAAAAGUGAAAAAAAAGUUCUAUUACAUAUCUGUGUCUCUCUGUUGUUUAGCAUUCAACAACCUCUAGACAUUGCUUAUAUUUACCAGUGACAGGCUCCUUUGUACAGGAUGCCGUCUAGAUUAUGGGUACCACAACGGCGCCUUAUUCUGCCAUGAACCAGUAAUGUGUAAGCAUUACUUUAUUUCGGUCUGUAGGGCGCCGUAGCUAGUGAAAUUACUUUGAAUAUUAGACUUAAGGCGAAGAGUAAGCAGAAAACACGCAAACAUGGUGUUUUUAGACAAGUUUUGUGGUGAAAGGAUAGCAUUUCGAGCUAUGAACACUACUUAAUCUUGUUACACAUAUCCUUAAGUCUUAUUUGUAGGUUGCUAAUUCUUGCUGUUGGUUAUAGUUAACACUGCCGAGCCUUUUUGACUUCCUUCUUCCACUUUUCUUUGAAGUUAAACAAGUUUUUUGGCAUGGCGUGACCCAUUUUUUUGGUACUUCUCUCAUAAAAGUUAUUCUUAUAGCUUGUACUUUUUUGUGUAGGUUCAUUUAUUCAGAUUAGUAGUGACUGACGAGGAUUUUAAGCAUAUAAACUGUUUUCCACGCAAGAAUUUUGAAAAUAUUGGCUUUGUUACAUAGAUGGCGGACUGGCAGCCGUGAACUCAUAUCGCUCAAGGUCGCUGGCAUUUAGUGUCGCCUUAACAUCUUAUGUCUUAAUGUGACGAGCGCUAUUGUAGUGCCGCUCAAAAGUUUUGGGUUUUACAAGAGCUGAGCGGCACUGCAUUGUAAUGGGCAGGACGUAUCAAUUACCGUCAGCUGAUCGUCCUGCUCAUCUCGUCCCUUAAUUGAUAUAAAUACGAGUCUAAGCUUGUCUAAGGUGUUCCUAUCUGAUAGAUCAUAAUAUUCGCGUGGAAUAUUUAGAUUAUACCAUGACAGAUAGAUGACUUUUUGUCGAAUGCGACAACCAAUCCCUUUUCAGUACCGCAUUAAUGGUAAGCUCAUAAGUAGACGGAAUUCAAUGAAAGAUCUGGGUGUGACAUUUGACCAAAAGCUUAACUUUCACGACCAUAUAAUAACAGUCACACAAGAGUCCUUUAUGAGACUAGGUUUCGUAUUUAGGAAUACGCGCGAUUUCCACAGCGUCAAUAUUAUACAACUGGUUUACCGUACCCUUGUGCGUAGUAAGCUUGAAGCGAGCUCGUGCGUAUGGAAUCCCUACGAAGUAACCUACUCCCUUAUGCUGGAGAAAGUUCAAAAAGCAUUUUUGCGUUUCCUGUAUAAGCGGAAACUAGGUUACUACCCGUACUUGUACCCGACGGCGUAUCUCGUCGGUUGCCUUGGAUACAACACUCUGGAAACCAGACGGGCUCUCGACCAGGCAACUACCUUGCUGAAAGUUAGCCGGGGCUUAAUAGCUAAUGAGCUGAUUCGAUUGUAUACACCUGACAAUUAUAUUCGUAGUAGAAAUCACCGUCUGCUGGCGGUACCCGCUUGUCACACGGUAGUAGCACGCACUGCGGCGCCCGGGCCGCGAGUCUUGAAAUUGUUUAAUCACCUCGUAGAAGCCCGCCCUGAUUGUGAUCUAUUUACUAAUAGACUUGAAGUGUUGGUGCAGUUGCUGCUCCAACUUUGUGAGUCCUCGCAUAAUAGCGUCUAACAUUUAUAGUUUAAUGUACUUGAUUAUUGUAAUUGGUGUUGUAACCGUUUUAAUCAAAAUAAAUAAAUAAAAUAAAUAAAUGACAGCUGACAGCUGACAAAAAUUGCGUUCCGUUCCUUUAAUUGUUUCUGUACACUUCAGUAUAUGUUGUGCUUAACGCCUUUUUACUUAAACAUAAGCUAAACAACUGUUUUGUAAUAGAAAAAGAUAAACUUAAUUUUAGACAUCGUAAUUGUUGUUACUGACGUUGUAGUUAGAUCGCUGUCUAACAAAACACGUAUCUAACACAUGUUUAAUUUUUUUUUUUGGAAUAACACCAUGUUUAAUAGCUUCCCAGAUUCUUUCAGCUACAAUAUAAUAUGUGGAACUAUAAUAUUUCUAAUAAUAACACAAGGGCAUCACAAUUAUCAUUUAUUGGUCUGACUGAACGAAGAAAUUUCCGUGUCAACGUUGAAAUAGGUUUAAUUGAACUUUAAUUAUCUAUCUCUAUAAAUUGAAUUCUGUUUAGUCUAAGAUAUCUAAAGAACGUCCUUAGACUUAAUUAAUAAUCUUUAAUUUCGUUUUUAUAGUCAUUUGACAGCAAACGUCAAGUUCGCGUCUUUUUGUUUCUCAGCUAAGUUUAACGUGAGCGCAGUGUUAGUACGCUCUAUAGAUACGGCCGAAGAGCGUACUAAGAUUUUGCUCAGAUUUUACUUCGGUAAAAUUAAGCUGAGUGUGAGCUUAGCAUAAUGUCUGAUUUCGUUUUUAUAGUCAUUUAGCAGCUGAAAUCGUACUGUGCUUAAGCUAAGACAGCCGAAUGCAAAAGUCAAGAUUGCGCUUUAUAGUUCUACGUAAGUAAAGUCUCAGCAAACUCUAAGUACGCUCUAUAGAUCUCAGUUAUAUAAACUGUGCAACUUGGAUUACUUUAACAUUAAUGAGUAUGAUAAUACUUGCGCCACAAGGACGAGUAAAAAAAGAAGGACUCCGCGCCGUGAUAUUAGUAAGUGAAGCACCGUUAUGCUAGUCUGUGUGCGGUUGCGGGGGAUACUAGUUACACAAUUUUUUCUCCCUUAAAUAAUCAUAUAUGGCCACAAAUACUUAUAUAGUAUCGUUUUUACACUUUUCCACAACGCACGACGGCAUUUUAAAAUAUUUUAUUGAGACGCAAACUGAUCUGUCACAGACGAUGACAAUUCUCAUAAUGGCCGCCUAUCGGCCUGUAGUAGUGUAAGUGUGUGCGUGGGGCUAUGUAUUUACACGUUAAUCGGUUUGUUUUGGUGCUACACUGUUAUGUAAGGUGACACGGAGUCCUUAUUUUUUUACUAGUCCGUGUUGCGCCAUUAUAAAAUGGUCUUUAACAAGUUGAGAAAAGUUUCUUUUUUAUGUAGAUAUAGGUACUUUAUAGUCUCCUACGAUUUCAUUGACUAAUUAUAAUACUGAGUGAUUGUAUGGUGUAAAAUAAUCAUAUAAUAAGAUAUUAUAAAAAUACUACUAUGAUAAACCUUGAGUAAAUAUGAUAUUAUUUUUUGAAUGUUGUUUAAUAUUAUGAAUUUGAGGGUAGAAUGAAAUGUAGCGUGUGCAAUGUCACGGUUAGAAGAUCAUCAGUGCUACAGAACUUAAGAAAACAAUGUUUUAAACCAUUACAAAUAUUUUUGACAGUUAUAAAAAGACAAAUGAUGUUUUAUAUAUAAUAAUAAGUAAAGGCGCUGUUGCAUUUAAUUCUACCCUCAUUGUAAAAUAAAAUUAUUGCCAAAUAUAUUCGGUAUAUCAUAUCUAUAGUUAUCUAAUACUCAAAGAAGGCUUGAUAUCUUUAGCAACGUUAUAUACUGUACAUAUAAUAUUAUACAAUAAUAAAACAUAAUUGUUGACUUAUAGAAUGUAUUUAUGUGUACAAUUAUUAUUGGUUUGACAAAUCCAUUUUUCCACAAUUGGCAAUAAUAAUAAUAAUAAUAUUGACACACUCUUACACAAAUAAAGAAACACUUAUAUUAGUGCUUAGGGAGUUAUUACUUACUGAAAAUAUCAUGUUUUUUUUUGUGUUUAUGCUGCGGUGGUGAAUCAGAAAUAAUUUAGGUUAUUGACCCUUCACUGAAGCUCGCAGUAUUUUUCCAUCCAGAUCACACAGCCUAAAAUUCAUCAUGCUUAAGAAAUUAAAUAAACUUUAUAUGAAAUAUACUUAAGUGUGUUCGCAAAUUAAAUUUGAAAACAAAAUUUAUGAACGAUGCGGGACUCAAACUCUUGCGUUCCGUGCGAGCAUUCUUCCACUGAGCCAACCGUUCUAGUGACGUCAGGUUCAUAAAUCUUGAUAUAUGUAUAUAGAAGCCACAACCUGAGAAUUGAACAAGAUUUAUGAACCUUACGUCACUCGAACGGUUGGCUCAGUGGAAGAGCGCUCGCAGGGAACGCGAGUGGUCGUGGGUUCGAGUCCAGCAUCAUUCCUAAAUUUUGUUUUCAUAUUUAUUUUGUGUUAUCAAUCCCAGAAGUGAGGGUUAUCACUUCAAAAAAAAAUAACAAAUUAUUUAGUAUGUACGUUGCGAAUAAAUAAAGAAAUAUAUUUAUAUACAUUAUCAUGUUCCUAAUGAAGUACUUAGGUAAUGUAGUGCCAUUUUGAAAUUAAUAUUUAGAACAUCGAAUUAAGACUGAAAAGGUCUCAUUGUUGCUUAUGUUAAAAAAAUCGUGUAAUAAUUAAUUGCUUCCUUUGAUAAUAAUUCUUUCCUUAAAACAUUCCAUUUAUUGUAUAUUAACGGAAUCCAGUGUAUUUAACAUGGUCUAUAUAUGAAUAGUAUUUUUAAUAAGACAACGUGACUAAAUAUAGACAUAUCAAUUUAUAGGGUCCAUAUUGGCUCACCUAAAGUUGUUUACCCGUAAUUGUUCUUCCUAACUAUUUGUAAUACGAAUGAUCAUUCUUCCUAAAAAUUUUCAUCCUAAACUUUUCAUUUAUACUAUUUGUAGUGCUACCGCCGAUGCUCAUAGCACUGAUGUUUCCGAAAAUUGUAAUAAUUAACAUCAUUAAUGUAAAUAUAUUUAAACUCCUACUGUUUUUUAUCAUAACGCUUUUAUCUCUAAACAUACUCACCAUAAUAUGUUCACUCAUACUCAGAAAGAAACAUUUACCAAGUGUAAUAAAAAAUAUUCUCCAGCACUCGCAGGGUGAGGAAACUUUUAGUUUCAGAUUUAGAAUUUUUUUUAUAUCAUAACCUCAAAAUGUUCAAAAAUUAAUAAGUAACAUUUAAAUGACAUAAUUUCGUUAGUUUUAUUAAUUACUUAAACUCGGUAUAUUAGUUUGAGUCUUCUAGAUUCUGUUUUCUGAAAUAUUACUAUGAAUAAUGGGUGUUGCCAACACCCAUUAUUAAUAUUAUUUUUAAGGUUUGACUUUGAAUAAUAGUAUAAACGAUGGUUAUGUUGAGAAAAUAUAGGAAAACAAAUAAAAGUAUAAUAGAUGUUUAUUGCUACUGACAUUAUGAAGUUGAAUGCUUCGGAAUUAUUAACAUUAGAGACAAUUAAUUAGGAAUUGUGAUUGUUAGAAUGAAUAAUGUUAGGAAGAACAUUUUAGUGUAAAUUAUAAUAAAAUCUAUUGUGGUUAGUUAAAUAAAUUGCCCUACACAGUAUGGAUUGCAUAUAUAUAGUAAAUGAAAAUACAUGUUAUACUGGAAAAAAUUGAUUAUUUAAUUGAAAUCCCUAAAUUAUAAAAGUGAAAGUUUCAAUGAAAAUAAAUGUCAAAAUUGAAUUAAAAAAAAAAAGAAAACAGUCUGUAUAAUAUUCAUCACUGACCUAGUGACCCAAUUCUACAGUAUGUUCAAAUUUGCUCAAAUGAAAAGUUAACUUUGUUGUAUAUCGUCAGCAAAUGUGCUGAAAAGUAUGUACCUACUAUUCUACUAAUAUUAUAAGUGUGAAGCUUUGUAUGUGUGGAUGUAUGUUUGAACUUCUUUAACGCAAAAUCUACUGAAUAGAUUUUAAUGAAACUUUACAAUAAUAUAGCUUACACACCAGAAUAACAAAUAGGCUAUAAUUUAUAAUACUAUAGUGUGAAUUAUACAAAAUAUAAAAGAAGUGUGAUUGUUACUAAUGAAUACAACUAGCGCCAUCUCUUAUCAACUAGCAAGCAAAAGAUCAAUACAAUUUAUAUGGCAAAACAACGUUUGCCGGGUCAGCUAGUUUCAUAUAUGCAAGAUCCACACUGUAUAUGGAAGUGGUGCCUACGACAGAGACAGCACACGAAUGUCUCUUAGUUGCUGUACCAAUAUUUGUAUUGCAAAAACUUUCAACCUUGAUGGCCAUCAGAUGACCUUAAUUGUCCUCUAAUUCAUAAAAAAACUAAAAGUGAAUGAUUGGUUCUUGAUAGAAUUGCAUCAAUUGUUACAUAAAAAUCGUCAGUAGACUCGAAUCCCAGAACUACAAAACUCAAUAACCAUAAUUAAUUUUAUUGAUCUGAAUGUGAUGUAUCUAUUUUUAAUAUAAUAUUAGAUGUAUGCAAUUUUUAUUGCACAUAGUUUAAGUGUUUAUGACGAUGUGUAUAUUUGUAUAUAUGUUUAUCGAAAUAAUUUUUGUGCAUUUUUUAUUGUUAUGUGCAAAUAAAGUUUAUAUCAUGUA